CCGUGACGCGCUCCACCCGCGUCCACCUCUCUCUCUGUUUGACGUCAUACUGCUGCGACGGUGCGUCAGCUGCAAACAUGGCUUCCAGAUUAGAAAUAAAUUUCAUCAGAUUAUUGUCCCGCUGUGAGUCUAUCGCGUCGGAGAAACGAGGAGAGGCUGAAUGGAGGUUAGAGAAGUAUGUCGUUGCCCUCGAGGAGAUGUUGGUGGCUCUGAAGAAAAGCCUGAGCAAACCUACAGCAGAAUUACUGACUGAAUAUUCUAGAAAAGUAGAUUUUCUGAAAGGACUUCUUGAGGCAGAGAAACUGUCUUCACCAACAGAAAAAGCUUUAGCUAAUCAAUUCCUCGCCCCCGGACGAACACCCACAAUAGCCAACGAGAGGAUGCCUACCUCUAAAACUGUCCACAUGCAGACGAAGGCCCGGUGUACAGGAGAGAUGAGGAACGAGCUGCUCGGCACGGGGGGGUCGGGCAAAGGCAUGUCAGAAACAGACUUGCGAAACAGAAGAGGUGUUCCUAUGGAUGAGCGUCAGUCUUCUGCAGAGCUGGAGGCCGUCCUGCAGCACCACCACAACCUGCAGGAGAAACUGGCCGAGGACAUGCUCAACCUGGCCCGAAACCUGAAGAACAACACUCUGGCAGCACAGAACAUCAUCAAACAGGACAACCAGACUCUGAGCCAGUCGAUGCGUCAGGCGGACAUGAACUUCGAGAAGCUGAAGACGGAGUCGGAGCGCCUGGAGCAGCACACCAAGAAGUCCGUCAACUGGCUGCUGUGGCUGAUGCUCAUCCUGGUCUCCUUCUCCUUCAUCAGCAUGAUCCUCUUCAUCAGAAUCUUCCCCAGACUCCGAUGAUGACCGUCUACAACCCCCUGAACUCUUAGUGCUACGUCCUCCUGUGUUUACAGAGCGGUACACUACAUAGAUCUACGCAGCUCGUCUGUGUGUGUGAUACAGAGCAGUAGCGGUCAGAACCAAAACGACUCAGUUCGACGAACUGAAACAUUUGCACUUUUGAAACAGAAAUUCUUCCUCUAGACGGGCUGAUGGAAGUUUAAAAUGUGGUUUGAAGCAUCAUAUUCUUUUUUUUUUUAAACAGGACAGAACAUGAUUGGAGGUGAAGAGCUUUCUGUUGGAGUUUUUUUUUUGCGAGCAGCAACGUAGUCUUAAUCCCCAGACAGCAGCGACAGAGCCUUAAUUAAUUUAAUCUCUCAUCAGGUCGGCUACUAGCCAUUCAACACAUGGAUGUAUCCUCUCACUUAGUGCGACUUAAUCAUCUUUUGUGGAACUUUUUUUUUCGCCAUGAGAAGAGACAGAGCACAACGCGUCAUACUCUGAAAACCACGCCCACCGAAGGGGAAAAUAUUUGGCGCCACAAUAUGCAACCAAGGGCUGAAAUGCUGCAGCUAUCUAAAAACAUCAGAUUUCAGCAUGUCAAAGGAUUAUACCUACCAGGGGUGCAGUUGAUAACUAAAAUGUUGAUGGAUGAUAACAAAGAUGAUGAAGUUUGCUGUUAACAAGCUAAUGUUAUCUAAGGCACUUACAAACAAUACUUCAUAGCUUUGUGAUUUAUCCACAUUCCACUACAACACAAGAUGCAUGCUGUCAAAAUGCUUUAGCUUAAUUUACAGAAACAUAGAUAGCCUUAAACUGACAUAUGCUCCUAAGCAUACGGAGUGUCAGCAUCCCUCAAUUUCCCCGUUCUUCCUGUUGACGCCUCACUUUUGUUUUCCUAAAAGCUCAGGUUUUUGGUUCGGCAGCUUAUAAAAACUUGAUUCUUUACCCUGUUGGUAGUGCAUCUCAUCUCACAGCAGCCUUUAGACACUUUUCUGUUGUUUGCCAGCGGACAGAAAUUGACAAGGAGGCACCUUCACGCAAUACAAAGUCAAUGGAGAGCGAUGAAUUGUUUUCGGUGUGGGCGGGACUUAAUUGUGCUCUGUCUCUAUACGUCUUAAAGAGUUCACGAACCGUCCACCAUAUACUGUACAUCAACCACAGUUUCAACACCACAUUGAAUUCAUUGAGUAUCUAAAGAUUCUGACUUAUUAAUAGCUGAGAACAUACUAAAGCUUAGAAUAGUUUGGUAACACUUAACUAUAACUGCCCGAUUUGGCUUUUAUACACACUAUAUAAAUGGUUUAUGUGAGGGAUAAUGCACAGCGAGCGGGUCAUUGUUGUGAAAUAAACUCCGACAGGGUGAUGCAGGACCUCGACGUGAAGGGGUUUAUUUCACAACAGUGACCCACUAGCUGUACAUUAUCCUGCUUAUUACACGGCAACUUACAUAAGAAAACAAUAGUUUGACA